AAAAAUCUAUGGUGCAUAAAGAAGGGAAGAUUAAUAUAUUUAAAACAUUCUUAGCUAUCAGUUGCUACUUUCGCGCGGAUAUAGCCUUUUCACAUGAAACCAAGCAAUAAUUUGUUUGUGGUUCUUAUCCAGAGUAAAAUCCCUUUCGAUUUUCAUUUAAUCAAUCAUGCUGUCGACUGGUGCUUGAAAAGAAACAUUAGCUUUAAUAGAAUAGCAUCCAGAGAGUUUGCUUUAGAAUUGGUCGUAGAAGAAGCGUUAUCUCGUAAUUGUAGAGAAGACCUGGUUAUGCACAUGAGGUCGAUUCCCUAUGCAGAUUCAGUGACCGUAUCAUGUCUAGAGUUUUGUCCAGUCGAUUCAGGCACAACAUCAGCAUUCCUUUCAAUGUCAGGAAUGGACCAAGGUUCUCUUAUUGUUGCACUAUCCCCCAUCUUGGACGUAAUAGUAUCGUUUCCAGAGAGAGACCCAAAUUUUAAUCUGGAGUUAUUGGAAAUUUCUUCUUGCCCAUCAAAAAACAAUGGGCACGGAGAUUCGACAAUAGCCUCUGAUCCACAUAACACAUAUGUAAAAUUUCAGUUCAGAACUUCAAUCACUGCGAUUUUGACCAAACUAGAGGAAGCCAUUACUAAAAUUAAAAAAGCAUAUCCGUAUAUUAAGCUUGUAUUUUGGAAAAACACCAUGCUUUUCACUCAAAUUCCAAGAACUAUACUUUACUACAGCGAUAAAUUGCGCUCGUCUAAUCUGGAAAGUAAAACCUUAUAUCAAGGACUUCAUAAGGACAUAUUGUAUCACUGUAACUGUAAGUCUGUCCUUCAACUUUUCACGAAGUUCGCGAAAAUUUUCGAAUACCGGCUUGUUUCGUUUAUCGAAAAUCCAGAAUCCACCUCAAUACCCAAUUUGCAAACCUAUUUUAAGACUCUUAGACCUCAACAGCUUGAGCAUACAAUUGUCUUAUACAUAGAUCAUCCCUCUGGACCUAAAAUCAGGUUCGGCUCCGAAUGGCAGCCAAAUAUUCCUUUUACCUUUGAUGAUGCCUUGAACCUUAAUAAAGAAUCACACGUAAUAGAAUUCUUCAACUUGCUUGGGCACACCUUCAGAGACUUGACCGAAAUAGGGUGCUUAGAAAAACCUAUGCUAAAUUACACUGCUAAAAAACUCAAGGUUACCCGUGACUACACGCGUUCUAUUAGCCUAGUUCAACAUUGGCUAAACUACUACAUAGAUUGCUACCCCUCACCUUGCCGUAUCGAAUCGGCAACUUUGGUUUCCUCCAUAUCCAACGUUUUUUGGAUAUCACAUUCUAAAAAAAAUACCACAAAAUCCCAGUCCCCUUUACUACGUGAAUUUCUAAGUACUAACCCGUCAGUUAGAUAUUUUGGUAGCGAUGAACAAGAAUUUUCAGAUCCUGAUAGCAUAACCAACUUUCCUCCCAGCUGUGUUCUAAUACUUACAAUCGUCGCAAAAAAACUCCAGCUUUCACAUCUCUCUGACAUUUUAAAAGAACUCGAAAGAUACUGCAGUUUCGACAAUGUCUCAAAUGUGCUGAAAGUCAGAACACUAGGCUCACGCUCGCAUGCAACCUGCUCAUUCGACGCUCUCGAAAUUACGUUUUCAUCUAUUCUCAAGAAAUCUUUUUUGUUAGAGAAUUUACGUAGACUGUCUUUGCCUCCUUCUGUAAGCCUCAAUAUCCAAAAACGUAAAUUGAGGCUGUCUUGUAAGCAGCUAGCAAUCUUUGAUAUGGACUCAACCUUGAUUCAACAAGAGUGUAUCGAGGAAAUAGCAGCUGAAGCAGGCGUUCCUGUAGAGGACAUCAAACGCAUUACCGAAAUGGCAAUGAAUGGUGAAAUGUCGUUUGAUGAAGCUCUCAAAAGGCGAAUAUCAAUGUUCGAAAAUGUUUGUGCUUCCGCAACCCUCGAAAAAGUUCGGCGUAAUGUCAAAUUUACACCUGGUGCGAAGGCUAUACUGAAACUAUUUCGACAAUUAAACAUCCAAACUGCCGUUAUUUCGGGGGGUUUCAAAGAUAUCGUGUCACACGUUCAGAAACUACUCGAAAUAGAUGAAGGAUAUUCAAACUACUUGGAUGUUAACAAGAUCGAAGAUAAAUUCACUGGAAAACUAUUGGCUGACAAACCGCUAAUUAACGCAUUUGCAAAAUUCAAAUUAAUUCAUUUUAUGAAAGUUCAAGAACAAGUUACGGAAAAUGCAGUUCUCGCAGUUGCAGACGGCGCUAACGACCUAUUCAUGCUUUCUUCCGUCGGUUUAGGAAUUGCAUUUAUGGCCAAACCGUUUUUAAAAAGAAACACAUCCUAUAAUAUAAAUAUAAAUAAUUUGCUGGUAGUUGCUUACCUAUUAGGAAUAACUACAGAAGACAUCCGAGAAAUACUAAAAUCAGACCUUUCAAUAUUGAAUGACUAAAGUUUAAGAUUCGAAGCUAAGUUGUCAAGUACAAUUAUCGCUUGCAAACAAUUUGCAGCCUCAAAAAAUAUGGGAUGUCUAGAAGAACAACCGUUAUUCAAGCUGUCUCUCCGUAUCAGUAGCAUCAUUCGUACUCAAUAAAAUACAAAAAUGUUCAUUUCUCUUCAUA